AUGCAGAUCAUCACCUUUAUUUUCCUUCACAUUUUUACCUUCAUUCUCCUCUUCGCCCUCACCAUUUCUUCUUCGCCGGUAUCAUCACCGUCACCAUCACCAUCACCGUUAUAUUCACUGUCAUCACAAUCAUUGUCACCUACACAGCCACCUAUUCAACAAUCGGGUUCAGACUACUCAUUUCAGGAUCCCUGGUCGCCUUCUCCAGCAUUACCAAAUACACCCUCUUCUCUGGCACCAGGACCAACUGAGGCUAGUGAUGUUGGAGAUAUGAAGAGUGAAGAACGUAAGGAAUCGCCAGACAAAGGUAUGAGUGGAGGGAAGAAGGUGGGAGUUGCGUUUGGAUUGAUUGCAGCGGCGUGUUUUGUGGGAUUUGGAGGUGUUUUGUACCGGAAAAGGCAAGACAAUAUCCGGAGAGCACGGUAUAGUCAAUCGGCACGGCUGGAGUUUUUCUAA